AUGGCUUUGGAAAGAGCAGCAUCCCAUGACUCCGACUUACAGGAGUUCGCCGAACCGAGUAAUGACGAGACUGUCUACUCCAUUGGAAGGGGAAUUCCUCAACCAUUGCCUGUUCCUCUGAUCGGCGAGACCAGAUUCAUCAAGGAUCCCAACGGAUGGCUUCAUUUGAUCAAAGAUGGGAAGGAAUCACAAGCGCCAAUGCUGUAUGAAUCUCGGAAAUCAAUCGCGCCUCCUGGUAUGACGCUGAACGACUUGGUCAUGGCCCACGAAGAACGUACUGCUCGAUGGAAAGAGGGUUCCUGCUGUGCGGAGAUGAUUGACUUCUUCCAAACUACCAUCUCGAAAGUACAAGACUUUACAUUAAAGUCUUGCAUUUGCAUUGGGAUAGGCACAUUUACGGGUACUCAUCCCUACUGUCCUGGAGAUCGGUCAUUCGAUCAGCUCAUUGCAUUUGAGGCUAUACUUGAUAUUCUUCGACAGACACACGAAAUUCCGGACGUUUUCAUCCAAGAUCCCGUCAUGAAUUCUCUGGAUGCGGAAUUCCUUCGAUCCCGAGGCUUCACUGUACUCGAAAACCCUGCUGCUCAGAAUCUUGCCACGCCCACUUCGUUACUUUUCGCACCGAACUGUGAAUGGCAUGUCAUUCAGGAAACAUUUGAGAUAGCUUAUCCAGGACUUUUCAUCGGUGUAGAGCUAGAGCACUACCUUGAUUGUAUAGGAUAUGGUCCUGUUACGAGCACCUCAAAAGAAGAACGGGAGGCUCAGGAGACGUUCGGACAGCGAUCGAGGGAGAGAAAUCGCCAAAUGUUCGAGAGAGUGUACAAACCGUUUUUUAAUACGCGCUUGUCCCGUGACAUUGUUAUGGAACCAGAUGGCCAGACGGGCAGAGUGUACUGGAAGGGCUAG